AUGAAGAUAUCUCAUCUACUUUCGGCAUCGCUUCUCCUGGUGACGGUCCUCGCAGGGGUUAUCUCGUCCUUCCCUGGGUCAGAGCCGGCCAUUGAUUUACGAACUCUCGAUGAGCAGUACGCAUUGGCCCAAAACGAGACUGGCGACUUGGUCGUUCUCUGGGGCGGCGACGCCUUGGCUCAGGGGGCACCCACCAUUGCGGCCUGGGAAGCACGAUUUCCUCGCAUCAAGCUCAACCUAACCGUGGAUGUCUCGAAAUAUCAUGACAGCCGCGUCGACCGCGAGUUCCAAAUGUCUGGCUCAGACGGAGCGGACGUAGCCUUCUUGCAGACCUUGCAAGAUUUUGACCGAUGGAAGCGCCAGGGCCGACUUCUGCCCUACAAGCCUGCAACAUGGGACAGCAUCUACCCGAACGUCAAAGAUCCCGAUGGUGCAUUUGUGGGCGCCUUUCUGGGUCAAUUCGGUUCCAUGAUUUAUGACCAAAAUUUGGUCAACAUCUCUCAAGUGCCCACCACUUUUAACGAACUCCUUGAUCCAAUCUGGAAGGACAAGCUCGUUCUUGUUUACCCACAUGAUGACGAUGCCGUCGCCUAUCUCUUCUCUCUUAUCAUCGGUCGCUACGGCUGGUCAUGGUUUGAGUCUCUUACACGACAGAAUGUGCGCUGGGUACGCGGUACAGGGACACCGGCCGCAUUGCUGAACGCGGGCAAUUCUACCUCCGCUCUAUCUUUCACCACCAACCUGAUCAACUCGACACAUCUGGCACAAGGACCCACCUCAGAUCCUCACGUCAUGUGGCCGCAGACCGGGGCGAUUUUCGCCACGUCUCCACGCCCCGAGAGCGCUAAGCUUUUCAUGAACUGGAUCAUGAGUGAUGAGUACCAAUCUACAGUCGUGGCAGCAUCAGGACUGCCAUUUACCAGAACGGGCGUCAAUGCUACCGUGCCGGGAUCAAACGUGUGGGCAGAUCAGUCUGUCGCAUUGACGCAGUUUGGAAAGUUUGAGGUGAACAGGGAAAUUGUUGAACAGUGGAGAUUCCAAUUCGAGACCACUUUGGGGACUGCACAAGGUCCGAGUCCGCUGCAUCUGGGCAUCUGA